AUGGAUAUCGCCGACCAAACCGUGCAGAAGAUCCAGAAAUUCGCACAGAGGCGCCAAGAAGCAGAACACGAAGCGGCAAAAGAACCUCUCAGUGAGACUGCAUUGCAUGUUUACACGCGACGUUUAGAUGCAACCUUGCAAGGGCUUCAAGAGCAAGUCAAACGCCAGCAGGAUGAAUUGAACAAGCUGCGGGAGCUCAGUUCCCUUGAUUUAACAGAAACGGGUACCGAUUCCUGGGCCCGUAUUUCCCAAGCCCGACGGGCCAGGAAAGCCUACGACUCGCUUCUUAAGUCCGACGAUGAGCUCCCAGCAACAGAUUCGGUGCUGCCAUCACUUAUAGCCAUAGAAGAAACCGCACGUCUUGUUCAAGAAAACAAGGUCUCUGUCACAAUGACUGCCGAACAGCUGUCUGUAGACCGCGAGCGCCUGCGGGUUGAAGAGGCUAAUCUACGCGACUCUCAAUCGAUCGCAAGCGGACUGCGAGAGCGAAUUCAAAGAAUCCGCAAUGCAAACACGAGAAAGGAAGAGCAGACUCCAUCACAGGUGGCACGCGAGCAGCUUACCCUGCAGAAAGAGCAAAAUAAAGAACUGGACCGCACGUCUGCAAACCUCAAGGUCUCGUUGGAUACGUUCAUCGAUGAGACUCUUGCUCCAAUGCUUGCUGCCGAGGAUCUGGGCGGCCCGACUGUAGGCGAUGCUUUUGAGGUGUCAGAUGCUACGCUAAAGGCAGGUUAUACGGCACACGGCAAGCCCAAGAAGCAGAAAGAGCCGACAGAAACGGAGGAUGGAUCACAGCGGCGGAUUGAUAAGUUCAUGAAACGGAACGCGGAUGAGGCUCCCACAAACAAAAGGGAGGCAGUUGCGAAGGAGAUGCAUGGUCUUCUCGACGCUAUGUUGGAGGCUAACACCUAUAUCGAUUUGGAGCGCGACUCGGCGUCUUCAAGAUUCCUUGUGAGAGCCAAGGUCGCGCAGUUUCACCCUCGAGAUGCACGGCGACUUCGAUUGAUUGAUUUUGGUCGCUCACUGGGGAAUUGA